CGACACAGCUGGCGCUGGGUGCCCGGAGAGAGGAGUGUCCCAGCCCCGGCCGGGAUGGCGGUGCCGUGACAGGGCACGCCGUGGUGUGCAGCAGAACCCCCGGGCAGCUCAGCGCACCGGGAGGGCGCUCCGAGGCCGGUCCAGAGGAGGCCCCGGAGAUGCUGGGAGGGCUGGAGCCCCUCUGCUAUAAGGACAGGCUGGGGGGGUUCAGCCUGGAGAAGAGAAGGCUCCGGGGAGACCUUAGAGCCUCUUCCAGUCCCUAAAGGGGUUCCAGGAAAACUGGGGAGGGACUAUUUACAAGGGCAUGCAGCGAUAGGACGAGGGGUGAUGCCUUAAAACUGGAAGAGGGAAGAUGUAGAUUGGAUAUUGGGAAGAAGUCCUUGCCUGUGAGGGCGGUGAGCCCCUGGCCCAGGUUGCCCAGAGCAGCUGUGGCUGCCCCAUCCCUGGAGGGGUUCAAGGCCAGGCUGGAUGGGGCUUGGAGCAACCUGGGCUGGUGGGGGGUGUCCCUGCCCAGGGCAGGGGUGGGACUGGAUGGGCUUUAAGGUCCCUUCCAACCCAGACCACUCUAUGGCUCCAUGAAGGCGGCCGGAGGGGCGGGGCAAUGCCCGACGAGUGGGCAAGGCCUCGUGAGGGGCGUGGCCUCCAGCCCCGCCCACCCCCGCGGGCAGGGUUUCCAGCCGGAGCGGUUCGGCGGCGCGCGGGGUAGGGGCGCGCGGGGGCCGCCAUGUCGCGGCUGCACCAGAGCAGGAUCGCGGACUUCCAGGAGGUGCUCGGCGAACCCACGGUGGCUCUGGCCAAGCUCCGCGACCUCUGCUUCAGCGGAAUUCCCUUUGAUGGUGGGCUGCGCUGCCUGUGCUGGAAGAUACUCCUGAACUACCUCCCUUUAGAGAAAGCCUUAUGGAGCCCUUUGCUGAAGAAACAGAGGGAUCUGUAUUCCCAGUUCCUAAAGGAAAUGAUUAUCCAGCCUGGGAUCGCCAAAGCCAACCUGGGUGUUUCAAGGGAAGAUGUGACCUUAGAAGAUCAUCCCCUCAAUCCAAAUCCAGACAGUCGAUGGAAUACUUACUUCAAGGAUAACGAAGUGCUUCUCCAGAUAGACAAAGAUGUCAGGAGGCUGUACCCUGACAUGGCAUUCUUCCAGCGCCCAACAGACUACCCCUGCCUUUUAAUCCUGGACCCCCAAAAUGAGUUUGAGACGCUGCGCAAGCGGGUGGAGCAGACCACACUCAAGUCACAGACGGUGGCACGAAACCGCAGUGGGGUUACAAAUGUGAGCUCCCCUCUUAAAACGACACCGAAUGCUCUAAACGAGUACGAAGUUCUGCCCAAUGGCUGCGAAGCUCACUGGGAAGUGGUGGAGCGAAUCUUGUUCAUCUACGCCAAGCUGAACCCUGGGAUAGCGUAUGUUCAGGGGAUGAACGAAAUCGUAGGGCCGCUUUAUUACACCUUUGCUACAGAUCCUAACAGCGAAUGGAAAGAACACGCUGAAGCAGACACGUUUUUCUGCUUUACCAAUCUAAUGGCUGAAAUUCGGGACAACUUCAUUAAGAGCCUGGAUGAUUCUCAGUGUGGCAUUACCUACAAAAUGGAGAAGGUCUACUCUACCCUGAAGGAAAAAGAUGUGGAGCUGUAUUUGAAACUGCAAGAACAGAACAUCAAACCCCAGUUCUUUGCCUUCCGCUGGCUGACGCUGCUCUUGUCCCAAGAGUUUCUGCUGCCAGACGUCAUCCGCAUCUGGGACUCCCUCUUUGCUGAUGAUAAGCGCUUUGAUUUUCUUCUGCUCGUCUGUUGUGCCAUGUUGACACUAAUCCGGGAUCAGUUGCUGGAAGGAGACUUCACUCUGAACAUGAGGCUGCUACAGGAUUAUCCUAUCUCUGAUGUUCAUCUGAUUUUGAAGAAGGCAAAGGAACUUCAAGAUUCCAAAUAGUGCACGAGCCUAACAAAUGGAGCCAGAGAAACUGUAUGGCAGCGGAUCCCAGGAGAUGCCCCCAUGCAGU